AUGCAAACUUCUAUUUUCGAAAGCGUCCUUGACGGACCCCCAUUCGUUAUAUAUCCAGCUUUUAUUAUUGUGCUGCUAGGAAUUCGUUAUGCCUGGGCUAUUUACAACUAUCGCCAAAUGCGCAAAGAUAAUACUAGGAAGCGGCAAAUCCCCCCUUCGUAUCCCGCGCUCUUCCCAUACCUGGGAAACACGCUUGCUUUUGCGUGGAAUACUGGAAGUUUCCUGGCUAAUGCCACUUCUUACAAAGGAUCAUUGACGGCAACAAGAAUAUCCCUCUUAGGGUUCAAGUUAUAUGUCUUCCAAGACCGUGAGACUAUUUGCAAAAUCAUGAGACACCCCUAUCUUUCGAGUCCAAUGUCUCUAUAUGUUUUCGGCGAACGGUUCUUAUUCGGCAUGCCUCAGAGGGGCAUCUCAGAGUACAUCGCUGAUGACUCUGGACCUUCUGUGAAACCGUUUCCCGGAAGCAAUGUGCCAUGCGAAAAGCGCGUUGACUAUAUGCUCCACAAGGCUUUCAAUCAAGCCUGGACCGGCCAUUCCCUGACAUUGGCGUCUCGACGAUUUGUAGAUACUUUAGUAUCACAUAUUGACGACCUUAACAUUUCUGGCGAAUAUAUAUACGUCAACGACCUCUUCAAAUUCUUUGGUAGGGCCGUCAGUGCCUCAGUGACACAAACCAUAUUUGGUGCCUCGCUUCUGCAGCUGAAUCCAGACAUCAUCGAUAAUGCAUGGACGCUGGACGAGGCCUUGCCGUGGAUGUUCAGGCAGGUUCCAUCAUUUAUAAUGCCCCGACCUUAUAAAGUGCGAAAGAUUCUCUCCAACCAGAUUCGCAUGUGGUAUUCCUAUGCUCGGCAGUGGUUUACCGAGUCCAGUAUUUUUCCAGAUGGAGAUGGAGACCCAUUUUGGGGUUCAAAAAUUAUAAGACAUUUACAGCAAGAAUUACUGAAGAACGGUGAUCGAGGCUUCAUUGACGAUGAAUGUUUUGCGGCCCAUGACAUGGGCUUGAUUUGGGGAUCGAAUUCGAACGUUAUCUCGGCUACCAUGCUUGUAGCAUUUCAUAUAUUCCAAGACCCAACGCUUCUUCGCCGCGUUCGUUCAGAAUUAGAAGAUAACUUCGGGCAAUCUUUUUCAAUCCAAAAUAUCAACCAUAAAGACUUGUGGAAACUUCCGCUUUUAUCCUCUGUUUAUGCCGAGGUUCUACGCUUAUAUGUUGAUGUUCUUCUUAUAUUUCCCGGGUGAGGCCUGGAUGCAGUACUCAUGACUAUAAAAGG